AUCUCAUAUUUUUUUCUAAAAGUCAAACUACAAUUUCGUGAUCUAAAUUUUAAUUUUCUUCUUAUAUUAAAUUGCUAAACACUUUGUUCCUGUUGUGAAAUGUCUGCUCCGCUAGAAAAUCUUGAAACCCAGUUGGAGAUGUUUAUUGAAAAUGUCCGCCAGAUACGAAUUAUUGUCAGCGACUUCCAGCCACAGGGUCAGAAUGUGCUGAACCAAAAGAUUCAAGGUCUAGUGACUGGUCUGCAGGAAAUCGAUAAGCUCAAAAACCAAGUACAAGAUGUUUUCGUCCCAUUCGAAGUAUUCGACUACAUUGACCAAGACAAGAAUCCUCAAUUAUAUACAAAAGAUUGCGUUGAAAAAGCAUUGGCUAAGAACGAGGAAGUUAAAGGCAAAAUUGAUGCUUAUCGCAAAUUUAAGGCCAAUAUGCUAUUAGAGUUAUUCAAAACGUUUCCGAAUGAAAUGAAUAUGUAUCGUGCAUACCGCCCGGAUUCUAUUUAAGUGUAUUAAGUGCAUAUGAAGGCGUUAUCUUCGUACGACUUUGUAAUUUUUGUAUAAGUUAAACAAAAAAUGUGUGUACAUUUAGAUAUAGUAUUUUAAUAAAUCCUAGCAUACAAA